AUGCCUUCCGCGACCGGUCAAAACUGGGAAAAGUACCAGAAGAACUUUGCCGACGAUGAGAUAGAGGAGAAGAAGAUCACCCCUUUGACAGAUGAGGAUAUCCAGGUCCUCAAGACCUACGGCGCGGCGCCGUACGGUGCAUCAAUAAAGAAGCUGGAGAAGCAGAUCAAGGAGAAGCAACAGAGUGUGGAUGAAAAGAUUGGCGUCAAGGAGUCCGACACUGGUCUAGCACCACCGCAUCUGUGGGACGUGGCCGCCGAUCGUCAACGAAUGUCUGAAGAACAGCCCUUCCAAGUAGCACGAUGUACGAAGAUAAUCGAAGACGAGAAGGGCGACGAAUCGAAGAAGAAGUACGUUAUUAACGUCAAGCAAAUCGCAAAGUUCGUCGUCCAGCUCGGCGACCGCGUCAGCCCUACCGACAUCGAAGAGGGCAUGCGCGUCGGUGUCGACCGCAACAAGUACCAGAUCAUGCUGCCGCUGCCGCCCAAGAUUGACGCCAGCGUCACCAUGAUGACCGUGGAGGAGAAGCCCGAUGUCACGUAUGGCGAUGUGGGUGGUUGCAAGGAGCAGGUAGAGAAGCUGAGGGAAGUCGUCGAGAUGCCCCUGCUCUCCCCUGAGCGGUUUGUCAACCUCGGCAUCGACCCGCCAAAGGGUGCCCUUCUCUACGGUCCCCCCGGUACCGGCAAGACUCUCUGCGCUCGAGCUGUCGCCAACCGAACCGACGCCACCUUCAUUCGCGUCAUCGGUAGCGAGCUUGUACAAAAGUACGUCGGCGAGGGCGCUAGGAUGGUCCGCGAGCUCUUCGAGAUGGCCCGGACGAAGAAGGCAUGCAUCAUCUUCUUCGAUGAAAUCGACGCUGUUGGCGGCGCUCGAUUCGACGACGGAGCUGGCGGCGACAACGAGGUGCAGAGGACCAUGCUUGAGCUCAUCACCCAGCUGGAUGGUUUCGACGCCCGAGGCAACAUCAAGGUCAUGUUUGCCACCAACAGACCGUCGACCCUGGACCCCGCCCUGAUGCGUCCGGGACGUAUCGACCGCAAGAUCGAAUUCUCCCUCCCUGACCUCGAGGGACGAGCCAACAUCCUGCGCAUCCACGCCAAGAGCAUGUCUGUCGAGCGGGACAUCCGGUGGGAGCUCAUCUCCCGUCUGUGCCCCAACGCGACUGGCGCCGAGCUGCGGAGUGUGUGCACCGAGGCCGGCAUGUUCGCCAUCCGGGCGCGGAGAAAGGUGGCGUCUGAGAAGGACUUCCUGAGCGCCGUCGACAAGGUCAUCAAGGGCAACCUCAAGUUCAACUCGACGGCAACGUACAUGCAGUACAACUAG